AUGUUGUUGCUGACCUUGAUAACAGCCUCGCCAUUGGUGUUGGCAGCAGCGUUCUUCUUGCUGGUGCCUACUACCCUUCUCCUACAACGUUACCUGAACUCACCGCUCAAUGGCAUCCCUGGACCAUGGUGGGCCAGACUGUCGGCUAUUCCCCUCUUCUACAAGUCAGCAGUCUGUCGACAGCAGGCCCAGACGAUCGAAGAUCUCCAUAAACAGUACGGCCCCAUCGUUCGGAUUGCUCCGGGCGAGGUCGCCGUUUCGUCACAGGCAUCGUUCAAAGCGGUGCAUAAGAUCGGCAGCGGUUUCACCAAGUCAGUAUGGUAUGGAUUUAUUGGUCCUACUGAGAAGAAUCAUGGUCCGGCCGGUAUGUUCCAGGAACUCGACCCACACAGGCAUGCUCAGACGAGGAAGAUGUUCUCGCGUGGCUUCUCGACUGCGAAUUUACGGGUCGAGUGGGAAGACAUGGUCCGCAGCAAAGUGGUCAAGGCUGUGAAAGGGAUCGCUGCUGAAGCUGAUCGUGCCAACGGUCUUGCCGAUGUCAGAAGGUGGUGGACGCUGAUGGCCAGUGAUGUCGUAAGCGAGGUGGCCUUUGGUGAAGCUCUCGGUGGUCUGGACACUCAGGAGAUGCACCCCUUUUUCCACAAAGUCUUCGCAUCGAAUCUCGCAUCAACAAUGUACUAUUACAUGCCCGUUCUCUACGAGGUGCUCAGCCGGAUUCCUGUACCAGCAUUGACUGACUUUUUCAAUGCCUGGCGAGCACUCCUCGACAUUGCGUCCAUUGCAUACAAGAACAGUCUGAGCAAUGCUUCCAAGAAAAACAUCUUUUCCGAAAUUCUCGCCAAAGCAGAGAACGAUCCCGAGGGCCGUCUGACUCCCAUGCAGGUCACGGUCGAAGCGGGAGGUUUGAUCAUUGCUGGCAGCGACACCACCUCGGAAUCUCUCACCUACCUCAUUUGGGCUGCUCUCAAGCGUCCCGAGGUCCAGCAGGCAUUGCAAGACGAACUCCUCGCGCACGACCUCGAACUGCGUGAUGCCGAGUUGGAGAAGUUGCCGGUUCUCAACGCCGUCAUCAAGGAAACUUUACGUCUGUAUUCUGCUGUUCCGAUGCCUCAACCCCGAGUCGUGCCCAAGGGCGGCGUGACGCUGGAAGGCCAAUUCUUACCGGAGGGGACUGUGGUGAACACCACGCCUUAUGUCUCGCAUCGCGACCCUGCUGUUUUUCCCAAUCCUGAAAACUUCGACUACACCCGCUGGCUACCCAAUGGCUCAGCGACCUUAUCCCCCGACGCUCGAGCCGCAUGGUGGGCCUUUGGCGCGGGCAGCUACACGUGCAUCGGACAACAUCUCGCCAUGAUGGAACUGCGACUCGCCUGCGCCAUGUUUUUCCAGACGUUUCAAGGCGCGAGACUGGGUUCGGAGACGACGGAUGACAGCAUGACGAUGAUGAAUUAUGUGGUGAUUGCUCCCAAGGGUGAACGCUUGAUGGUGGAUUUCUCGCAGGUGAAUUUACUACCAGAGAGGGGGUACUUGAUGAUUUAG